CUGGAGUCGACCCACCCAAGUCCUGCGAGGCAGCGAGGCAGCUAGCGUAGGAUAUUUGUCAAGAUUAAGGAUUGCUUCGAGUUCAGUAAAAAGAAAAAGAGGAAGAAAAAACGUACGUGUCGGAAUGCUCUAUUCCACCAUUCUGUACACCUUUCAAUCUCUAUCAUGCAAUCACGUCCGCAAUGUUGAAGCACCUAACAUUGAAUGCUACUCUCCAAGGAAUCCAGUCCUCACAUAAUAAUAUCCCACUGCAGCACUAUCGUGGCAUUCGAUAUGCCACGAUACCAGGUCGCUUCAAAAAGGCCACUGCCAUCGAUACUUGGGACAACGCCGACAUAGACUGCACACGUUUUGGCCCGAAUUGUCCCCAGAACUAUGUCGACGUUGGCUAUCUUUUGCGUAUUCCCGAGUCACAAGAUGAUGUCUUAAAUAUCGCCCAAGACGAGUUUGAUUGCCUGUCUAUCAACGUCACAACACCCCUAGCUGAAACCACUCCUCCAACUACGUUGCUUCCGGUCAUAGUAUGGAUUCAUGGCGGGUCUCAAGUCGUUAGCUUUCCACCUCCAAGUCAUAAAGUAUCCGAUCCAUCCAAAAUCGUUUCACAAUCAGCAGCAAUUGGAAAGCCGGUAAUUUUCGUCACAUUCAACUAUCGACUUAAUAUUUUCGCUUUUGGUGACGGCAACGAAGUCAACCUCGCUCUCAAGGACCAGAGAUUGGCAAUUGAUUGGGUCACAAAGCAUAUUGCUGGCUUUGGAGGUGACAAGGACAACAUAACUCUCUGUGGAGAAAGCGCCGGCGCCGUCUAUGCACACGCCCAUCUGUGCACAUCUGCACCGGUCAAGUGCGGAAUCCUCCAAUCCGGCUCUUUAUAUCUCUCACCACCCCUUCCUACUACUCGAGGAACGGCAUUCAUUACGAGUAUUGAUCAGCAGCUGCGUGAACGAUCAGGACAAGGACUGAAAGAUGCGCCAGUCGCAGAUGUUCUUCGCCAGCUCGCGAUCAGCAACGUGAAUACUCUCUACUUACAAGAAGAGCCACAACUAAAGGGUUGGGAGGAUCGUUUGACUGAUGUGCCGGAAUUGCUCAUUGGUGAUGUUGAGUUCGAGUCCGUGAUCUGGCGCGCUGGCGUUGAAAGCAUGACAGCCAGCGAAAUCACAGCUGCUUUCACGCAUCCCAAAGAUCCCACACUGUCUCAGGCACUGCUGCAAGCAUAUCACAUUUCGCCGACGCGUCUCGCAGCCAGUCGAGCGGGGGCGCUCGAUUUCUUGACCGACGCUCGUUUUGCCUGGCCGAGCCGCACAAUUGCCAAUGCUCGCAGUGCGGAUGCGCUCAAGACCUUCCGCUACGUGUUCGACCAGCCAUCACCGUUCCAGGCCUCGGCCCGUGCUCACCAUGGUGUAGACUUAUUGUAUUUGUUUGAGGCUUACUCUGAUACGUUUCUGACAGAGGGGCAAAGGAUCCUCGGUAAUGUGGUCCGGGAUAAAUGGAUAGCGUUCGCCAAUGGUGAAGCGCCUUGGAAUGAAAGCAAUUGCUUUGCGUUUGGUCCCUUUGGGCUUUCGGCAGAGAUUGACAAUUCAGGUCUUGGUGAGAGGAGGAGAGUAAAGGCGUGGGAUGUCCUAGAAAAGACUGAGCCUGAUGAGCUGGUUAGGAUAUUUUUCAGUCUCGCCGGUGGCAGAAUAAGCCUUUUGAAUUGAUAGGCCAGAGGUUGCCCGCUAUAAUUGUUCCUUUCGCGGAGGCAUCAGAACAAUUGUGUAGACCGCUAAAAGGACGCUCUCGUAUUGCUUAUCCGUCAAUGAACCGAAAGUUUGGUGUAUGGGUGUUGGUUACGCCAAACACUUAUAUCGAGCGUUUACUUGACGAGAACAUGGAUUAAUCGUCAUUCGAACCCGUUCCCAAUAUCACA